AAUCUUCACAGUCUUCUCAAAGUUUUUACGACAAUGUUUAUAAACUAUUAAGCCUUUGCCGGCAAACAGGUAAAAUGUGGUAACAGAAUAUAUGUACCUAUAUAAUUUAUAAGUUUUAAAAAUGUACGUGUUUCGGGAGGGUCAAAUCGUUUUGAAAGAAAAAUAUGGCUCGAGCUCCACACCGAAGGAAAGGAUUUACGUAAAACCUCCAGAUCAACCGAACGUGGUCGUGUGGGAUGAAAAAAAGCUUAGUGAAGUAUACAGUUGGCUGAAGCACAUAUUCUUGCCUCAAGGCUACCCAGACAGUGUGAGCCGCGAUUAUAUUACAUACCAACUUUGGGACACAGCUCAAGCAUUUUGCAGCACCAUUACUGGUACUUUAGCCACUCAGGAGGUCCUUAGAGGGGUUGGGGUAGGGGAUACUGCAAUCACACCUCUUUCUGCCACUAUCACGUGGGUCCUCAAAGAUGGAUGCGGACAUAUUGGCAGAAUCGUCUUUGCUUACAGCCAUGGUUCAUAUCUAGAUGCGUACAGCAAGAAAUGGAGACUUUACGCAGAUGUACUUAAUGAUGUGGCCAUGUGUAUUGAAAUGUCGUUACCCAUAUUCAAGCAGUUGACUACAUUUGCGUUAUGUGUAAGCACUGUCAUGAAAGCUAUCGUGGGCGUAGCAGGUGGGGCCACCAGAGCAGCAAUGACUCAACACCAUGCCAUCAGAGGCAACUUGGCAGAUGUCUCUGCAAAGGACUCUGCCCAGGAAACAGCUGUCAAUCUUAUUGCAUCUUUGACUGCGAUUUUGAUGCUCUAUAUAUUUGGGAACUCAGUGCUGAUUUUUAUUAUUAUGGUUAUACUUCACAUAACGUUCAACUACUUCGCCGUGCGAUCAGUGUGUUUGCGAACGCUCAACGAACCACGCUUUUUGCAAGUGAUUGACUCUUACCUUAAACACGAAGUAAUUUUGAACCCUUGUGAAAUCAAUCGUCAUGAACCGGUUAUAUUUUACCAGUUGGGCGCUAACUAUUUAGACCUAAAACUAUGCGGCUUCAAAAUAAAAUUAGGAGCUUCUAUCAAAAAAGUAGCACAGCACAAUACAGCAGCAGCGCAUAUAAGCAGGAUAAAAGAUAUCUACGGGUACAGGAAGUACAUUUUAUACCCGAAUGUGAAUAACCGAGAGAUCUACAUACUUCUAAAGGAACACAUUACGACUGAUGAUAUUUUGUGCGCUUAUUUCCACGCUGUACUAAUGUCUAUUAUAAUAUGCGCUAUCAACAAUGUUAAUUUGGCUGUCUAUCGUAAAGGGAAUGACAUAGACCCGCGUCCUUUUGCACAAGUGUGCUACACCUUACAAGCCAGCCAGUGGCCCCGUAUACCAUUGGAGAAAGUUGGAUUCAGUGGAUUCGCCUACGAUGCGUCCUAUGAACUCAUGUCGUAUGUCGACCAAAUCGUAUCAAAGGAAUGGAUCAGAAUGCGGGCUGGACUUCUGCAAACUGGCUGGGACGUGAGCAAACAUCUAAUCAUAACUGACGAAUGGCGCGUUCAUAGUCAUGUAAUAGAACAUAAAGAGAUCCGCGUUUGCCAACACGAUGCGAAUGACGAUCAUUUGUCUACCACUUUAACACGAAUGAAAGGAGUAUUCAACAACGUCGAUGGCAUUCCCCCAACAGACCUGCCUGGAAACUUGGACUCAAGUCUUGGACUAGGCGAUAAAUAUGAUAAGGAAACUUUUAUCAUAGAGUCAAGCGACUGCUCAAACGAUUCCCUUACUAAAAAAGCGAAGAAUAAAAGCCUCACCGGCUUAGGGAGUAGACUAUCGUUGAGUAGUAAAACAUUACUCGGAAGCAAGAACACAUUCACGAGCAAACUGUUGGGAAGCAUUAAACCACCAGUGGACAACAGCAAUAAACACCCUGCAGAUACCAAGAAAAAUUUACUCAAUAAAAAAGAUUCACAAGAAGAUAAACUGGAAUCAAUCAAAUCGAACAAGAAGGCAGACAAGCAAGAUCUUGAAUUGAAAUCCGAAUCGACGCCUUCAAUAAAAUCUUCCAAAACAAAAAAGAAAGACGAUAGUAACUUGAAAGACUGACGCAAGCACAAUAUACUGAAUCGUUUUAUGAACCGAUUUAUGAAGCCCAAGUUGUAAACAGCUUUAAGUGUAAGGACAUUACAUGUAGACUAAUCGUGAUAUGUGUUCAAUGUUCAUAUUAAGUACAUUCCAAUGAAUCAACGUAUGUAGUUAUAUUUAUUUGACAAAUUCAAUAAAUGUGACGUAUUAUAAAUUAAUUUACUAAACGUUGCAUUUAAACAAAACAGCAUACACACAAAUAGAGUGGGAAUAUUUCUUUACUAUAUAAUACGCCUAUGAUCUUUAUUUUUUUAAUAAAUUUUCUUUCGUAACAACUUCUUCCCUCCAUCUGUAAAAAGAAGUGAGGAAUAAGGAAGAGCUAUAAGGGAAUAUAAAAUAAAAUUCAAUCUGUAUACUACAUCAUACCAUUUUAUUUUUAAGUAUUGUCAAAUUUUGAAUCGUAUGACAUAGCGACCACUUGAGAUAGUCGCGAUGUCACUUGGUACAUAAUUUAAGUAUAGUCGCCUACCAAGAAUAAUGUGACGCUGUCUACUAAAU